GUUAACGUUUACACCAGUGCUGCGGAUGUGUGAUGCAACCAGAGGUGAGGGUAUUUCUAAACUUCCCACAACAACUUUUGAUGUUUAGUUAAACAACCUCGUUCUGAACGACACUUUGGAUAAUCGCUGUAAUAUUUGUAGUCUUACUUUGUAUCCGGUUAAACCGUCAGACCGUUAAACUGUCAGUUUUCUUCCGUUGCUAACAUUAGCAACUCCGCAACGACACCUUCUCUGGAUGGGAGAUAGCUAGCACCUCGUUUGUGUUUCUCGAUUUCACCCCCUUAUUUUUAAAAGUUAUUUCUGUCAAGCUCGGUUUUUAUCGGUUCUCCUCUUUGUUAGCUAAAAUCUCCCCCCACUGGGCCUCCAUAUGUACUUAUUUUGACGCGCUGGGUGCCAGCGGAGUCCUCCCACCUGAGCCCUCUUGCUGAGUGGAUCUAUCUUUAAAUGGCCACCGCCGCCCCCCCUCCAGCUUCUGGCUCCACCGCGGCCACUGACAACCCAGGUCCCGGAGCCAGCAGCUCCUCUGCGGGCGACAGCGGCAACCAGGACAGUACUUUUGAGUGUAAUAUAUGUCUGGACACAGCCAAGGAUGCAGUGAUCAGCCUGUGUGGACACCUCUUCUGUUGGCCUUGCUUGCAUCAGUGGUUGGAGACCAGACCCAACAGGCAAGUGUGUCCUGUGUGCAAAGCGGGCAUCAGCCGAGACAAAGUUAUCCCUUUAUAUGGGCGGGGGAGCACAGGUCAACAGGACCCCAGAGAAAGAACACCCCCACGACCACAAGGGCAAAGACCUGAGCCAGAAAACCGUGGUGGCUUUCAAGGGUUUGGCUUCGGUGAUGGGGGAUUCCAAAUGUCAUUUGGAAUCGGUGCCUUUCCAUUUGGUAUUUUUGCGACAGCUUUUAACAUCAAUGAUGGCAGACCUCCUCCAGCGGCCCCUGGGACACCACAGCAUAUGGACGAACAGUUUCUGUCUCGACUCUUCCUGUUUGUUGCUCUGGUGAUUAUGUUUUGGCUGCUGAUUGCAUAAAUGAGCGGAGAGACAACAUCUUAGGGUAACUCAAAAGAUCUGACAGAAAUGCAACAUUAUGGGUUAUGGCACAUCAUCACGGUUUGCAUUCAUUGUGAAUCUCCCUCCUUUCUGGUUGCUUGAUUUUUAUUCUGUCCUUGACACAAAGCCAUCUGAGAUUUAAAUGAAGCAGGUUUUUCCAAAAAAAAUAUAUGCGUUAGGAAAACAACUUUCAAGGUGAACCACAUUGGUUGCCUAUUGUUUUAACUCAUCUAACGCGGUUGCAUUGCAAAGCAGCACACCAAAUUUCUUUUCUUUUUUCGUUAUAUUCAUAGUCACCCAAACUGCAUCAACUAACUGCUUAAAACCUUUUUAUGUUUGAAACAACUGUUAGCCCUAAAUGCAUGUCUGUGAGCAUCUUUAUACCUGGUAUUAACAUGGGUUUUGGGCGAUCGGAUCACAGAUGGACAGUACCAAAUAUAAGUGUUAACAACCACCAACAGAAAUUGUGAUCAAACCACUUGCCAACGUGGUCUGUUACACAUUUGACCACAUAUCUUUUGUAGCAAAAACGUUAAUGCAUCCUGAUUCAUCCCUGACAAGGACUGCGUCAUUAAUGCAGCACAUGCAGGUUGUUGUGGGUCCCCGACAAGGUUUGCUAAGUAUAAUUGGCGGGGUGGAUAACUGAUCAGCUGAUCCAAUCAGAGCAAAUCAAAUCAAUGGUUGAGAGUGAUGCACAAUAUUAGAGUUUUUGCAAAUAUUCGAUAUGUUGAUAUAAAAACAACUCAUUUGCCGAUACAGAUAAAUCCACUUUUUUCCCAACAUAAUUUUAGUGAUCAUCAAGUCUGUUCUGUAAUGUAAUUAACAUAAUGUUAUACUUAUUACUUACUUAUCUUAAACUUACUCUUAUCAUGAUGGCCCACCAGCAGAUGGAGACAUGAAAUACAGUGCCUUUUAUUGUAUGUAAUGUUCAUUAGUCGUGCAAAAAAAGAAAAAAAAUGUAAUUAUUCCAACUAUAUAUAUAUGUAUAUAUAU